AGUACAAAUACAAACAAAUCAGGCGAAGAAAGAACGAAAGGCGUGUCAUGCCGCAGCAGUGCACGCGCGUUCGGGGGUCUCUCGAAGGGACCCCCGACGAUGUCGACCCCGAGAUGGUAUUCCUGCGCGCGCCAUCAAACCCGGCGCGGCAACCUGUAAACGCGUCGACGGUAGCUGUAAACGCGUCGACGGAAACCCAAACGGGACUCCGUCGACCCCCGGGAGCCGUGGACUCGUGUCUAGCACGCCCGGGCCAGGCCCCGCCACGGACCUCGUAACUCGGGUCGAGCACGCCCGGCAGGGAUCCACCUUCCGGCACCGCGGCGGAAUUUCAUGGCGUCGAAGCUAGGCUGGCGGCCUCCUGCCGCGAGCCCCCGGCGCGCGCGGGUCCCCCUUUCUCCCGGGCCGGCGCGGUGGGCAGCGCCGGCCCCCUGUAGCUCGCCCGGCCCGGAGUGCGUUUGCAGGUGAUCCGGCCCCUCCGUGGCCUGGGGCGGCGCCCCACGCUUGCCCCGCAGGGAGAGUCCCAUCUCAUGUGCACCC